AUGGAUGAACAAAUAAAGAUGGAUGAACAAAUAAAGAUGGGUGAACAAAUAAAGAUGGGUGAACAAAUAAAGAUAGAUGAACAAAUAAAGAUGGGUGAACAAAUAAAGAUAUGUGAACAAAUAAAGAUGGGUGAACAAAUAAAGAUGGGUGAACAAAUAAAGAUGUAUGAACAAAUAAAGAUGGAUGAACAAAUAAAGAUGGGUGAACAAAUAAAGAUGGGUGAACAAAUAAAGAUGGGUGAACAAAUAAAGAUGGAUGAACAAAUAAAGAUGGAUGAACAAAUAAAGAUGGAUGAACAAAUAAAGAUGGAUGAACAAAUAAAGAUGUCCACAGGUGAACGCCCUUACAAAUGCCACAUCCCUGAUUGCGGGCGAGCUUUCAUUCAGCUGUCGAACCUACAGCAGCAUCUGCGCAACCACGAUGCGCAGCUGGAGCGCAUGAAGAACCGACCGUUCCACUGCAACAUCUGUGGCAAGGGCUUCGCUACGGAGAGUUCGCUAAGGACUCACACAUCCAAGCACGCUAUCCACAUCGGAGGCCCGAGUGCCGUUCACUGCCCUCACUGUGACAAGUACUUCAUGAGUGGAGAACAGCUUAUGGAGCAUAUGAAGGUGGUUCAUAGAGACCCAAAUGCCUCAGGUGUCGGAGCCAAGCGACGAACUGCGUCCCAUUCGUGCCCGGUGUGUGGAAAACACUACGUUAACGAGGGUAGCUUGCGCAAGCACCUUGCCUGCCAUCCUGAGACCUCUCAGUUCACCUCCUCCUUGAGGAUGUGGCCUUGUUCCGUGUGUCACGCUGUCUUCACCCACGAGUCAGGUCUGCUCAACCACAUGGAACACAUGCGCAUGGAUCCCAAACAUCAGUUCGCGGCGCAAUAUGUUCUUUCGCGCGCCGCUGCCGAGCGACGCGAGCGAGAGAGCAUUCUGGGCCUGGCUCAAGUCGGUCUACAGGGUGGUGGCAACCACAUGGGUAUGGGUAUGGGCAUGGGCAUGGGCAUGGGUAUGGGCAUGGGCAUGGGCAUGCCACACCAGAUGCAGCACCACGCCCAACACCAGGCAGCGCCCAUGUCUAUGGCAGCAUCGCCGUCCACCCAGAGCGAUGCCUCCUCGCGCAUGUCAACGCCAGCUGAGAAAUUGGAAAGUGGGCUGGGACGCAUGCCGUCGCCAACCGACGCACUGCGCUCCAUCACCAGCCACCACGACGUCAUGAACCAAAUGCGUCCGCAACCGACGGAUAACAUGCGCGCCAUGAUUAGCCAAAGCCAGGCGGAGUUGGUCAAAUCGACGCUGACUUCGCAAGCCGAGACUAUCCGCUCCGUUAUGGCUUCCCAGGCUGAAGCUAUCCGCUCACUAUCCAAUCCCCAUGGCCAACCUGUGCAACCACCACCCACACAGCAGCAGCAGCAGCAGCAGCAGCAGCAACAGCAGCAGCAACAGCAGCAACAGCAGCAGCAACAGCAGCAGCAGCAGCAACAGCAGCAGCAGCAAAACGCUCACCAGGCACCAGAGCCCAUGGGCUCACCUCAGCCAGAUAUGCGCGACAUGCGCGACCCACGAAUGGGGGGGAUGGAGUCGGCCCUCCGGAGUGCCCAAGCCGAGGCGGCCCUCCGGCUGGUGAGCCACGAGGGCCGGCCUUCCCCGCAGCACCAAGGAGGGGACCUAACAGACUCCAUCCGGCUACAGGAGAUGCGAAUGGAACAAGCCCUGCGCCUCCACGGUGACCCCCGCGCCCUGGCCUCCUCCCUGCCCGGCCCUCUGGGGUUCCCUCUGGCGCCUCCCCAGCACCAACCCCAGCAACAGAGCGCCUGAACCUACCCCAACCUGCCCCCAGCGUGGGGGCAACCCCCACCUCCGCCACUCGCCCGUACUAGUCCGCCGGUGAAUGUGCUAUGACUGUGUUGGUUUCUCCGCUCGGUUCCACCUCCGUUCUGUUGUGUUGUCAUAUUUUUUAGCUGUGAUAAAAUGAAAUGCUUCCUCGCUGGAGCUAUUUAUUAAUUUAAUGAUCACUUCUCUGUGUUAGUUCCUUGAGUUGUUGUUGUUAAAUAGGGUGACUGAGCGUGGAGAACUGGGCAUGGGCAUGGGCAUGACCGAUAUGCCCCCAUGCCCCAGCUAGCUAGCGUGGCUGACGCCUCCUACGUGCUCCUAAAGUCGCCCUCUCGACAGUUCCUCACAGUUACUUUUAAGUGCAAUUUUUUAGGGACCAGCGGUAUGUGGCACACGACUUCUACAGAUAAUUUUGAGGUGUUGGGGUGAGAGUGGCAUCACGAGGGCCCGGCAUCUUGGAGGGCCAGGACCAAGGGCACUCCUGCCUCCAGGUUCAGGGGGCCCUCACAGGAUCAAUAAGGCAGGCGUUCCUGUAUACUAUACCUUCAUAUUGCUUCCAUGGUUUGACUUGAUUACAGUCAUUGUGUACCUGUAAUAAAUACUUAUACAUAAUCAUGCAUAAUAUGGCGCCGUUAACGGCGCCUGUUAAGCUUUGCACAGCCAAGUGUAAGAAAAGCUGUUAAAAGGUCCUAAUUUAAGCAUACAAUCAAACAAGAUCUUUUGGGAAAAAAUAAUGAACCUAUUCGAGUUUGUGUGUGCGUGACUGCCUGCCGCGGCCACGAAGUCACGGAUACGGUGCUCCGGACACCCCUAGGGUCAGGCACGGCCUUUCUACCCCCUUCCCUAGGGUCAGGCACGACCUCCCUCCCCCCCCCCCCCCCACCACAUCCGGGUCACCAGGGGGCUUUGCCUGACCAUGACUGACCAUGAUAUUGUGAGAAUGACACCGAUCAUCAUCAUUAUCAUCCCCUCUACCCAAUGUUCUCCGCUGGAUUCAUCAUUUCGCUCAUAACUGAAGACCUGUCAUCAUCAUCUGCUCAUAUGAUAACAAGUUCUUCGACGAGUGAUAUCGUGUGGACCGUUGCAUAGCUUCAGGUUUUCAAAUGUUAAUUGCUCACUUUCGAGAAAUCAGAGUCUGAUGAAGUUUCAGAGUCUUAACAGAUGUGCUGAAAUCAGAACUGAAAUGGAAAUCAGAAGACGCUGAAGGUGCCGUCAUUGUUAAAUAUGUAUACCCACUUUAGUUGGUGUGAAUAACACCUGCGCGCGCGCGUGUGUGUGUAAUUAUUAAAAAAAAAAAUAUGUUUAUACAGUUUCACAUUUUACGUGUCUAAUUUUUCUGAUUAUGAUUCAACUACGCAAUAUGGUAUUAAAUGUACAUGUUUCCCUCAAGGAGCUCUGAAGGCGAAGACAGGCUCCCCCGCCACCCCUCCUCCCCCCCUCCCCUGCGUCUCCUUAGAUUUAGAAACUAGUUUAGAAAUCAUAAUUCUGGCCGUAUCUUUCACCGAUGUACAGAUUGAAUAGCAAGAUUUUUACAGCCUCUUGGAGAAUUUUUUUUUUGAAAAUUUUGUUGGCCUUCAGAGCUUCGUGACCACACACCGAUUGACUGUUGACUGUUCCUGCAAUCAGAGUUUACCGUUUAAACCCGCUACUACCCCCUUCCACCCCCCCCCACCAAUAGUCCUAGAAUCGAUUAAUGUUUGUACACAAACCGCUAUGACUACUACUACUGAUACUAUUCCUUCAUAGUCCGUAGCCAAUAGAUUCGGAUCCAUAACUUUUAUAGAUUCUUUACUAAGAUUAGUGUAAUUCUAGCUCUUAAUUAUCAGCAAUUCCUCCCAAUCCAUAUCCUUAUCCCCUCCCCCCCCCCAAUCCCCCCCCCCCCCAAUCUGACCUCUCACUGAAAUCCCAAGCUUAAGCUCGUUACAAUCCUCACAUAAACCUAAUCCCUCUCCAAGGCCCAGUCUCACUCAUCGCCCCCUGUCCCACCCCCGUCCCAUCCCUAAUCCUUAUCCUGACCCCUUCCAAGUGCUAUAUAGUCGUAAUGGCUUGGCGCUUUCCCCCUGAUAGUUUUUUUCACUUCAUUCCCCGCCCCCUACCUCCCCUUCCAUAUCCCUACCUCUCCUAUCCCACCUCCUUAGCCUCUGUCCUACCAUCCCUCCUUCCUCGUCUCUAUUCCUCAAUUCUGUUUUAUAUAAUAUCAUUUGGCCAGACUCACGAAGCAGUUACGCAAGCACUUACGAA